CCUGCAGGCAAACAUCACGGAUCUUUGGUUUUCACGAUUCACGUAUCCAGAAUCUCAAAGGACUCGACCAGGCUUUCCCAACCUCACCACUCUUGACAUUUGGGACCAGAUAAUUCUGUGCGGCGAGGCUGUCCUGGGCGGUGUAGGCUGGUCAGCAGCAUCCCCGGCCUGUGUCGCCAGAUGCCAGGAGCACCCCACGCCCGAGCCAAGUCACAACAAAAACAAAACGUCUCCGGCCAUUGCCAAAUGUCCCCCAGGGGGCCAUCCCUGGUGGGAGCCCCUGGACGAGAGAGCAACAUCCAACUCUUAGCUUCCAGGAUUCUGUGGAAGCUUCGUCACACAGAAUUCUAACACGGGGUUUCUUAAAGAAAAGAGUUGCCUUCCAUGAAGUAAGGACUUCUAUCUGCUUUGGAAGCAGAACCCUGGUUUCUGAUGAACGGCAGCACUCUCAUUAACUAGCCCGGUGACCUCUUUGAGUCCUCGCUUCCUCAUCAUUAAGCCAGGAAUAAAUAACAUCACCUCUGGGAGUUGCCGUGGAGAAGGCAGCGAGAGGCUUGACUCCAAAGCAUCUAGCCCAGCAAGUCAGCAAGCACCAAAGACAUUUCAUCCACAGGAACCCUUCCCUGGCGGGCAGCCGGCCCGGUGUCUACAGUCGGAAACACACGGGGUCCAGAGUCACACCCUGGCCCCAAGUCCUGCCUCGGCCACUCGCUGGCCGGGCAGACAACGGCAGGUCAUUUUUCCUCUCUCUAAACCAUAAAUGAUAACAAGCACCAGUAGGUGAGACCAGGCCAGGUGGUUCGGUACAGCGCUCGGUAAACCCAACCAGGAGAGAAAUACUGGUGAUCGCUACUCUCAGAUCUCUGAAACGUUUCUGUAAAGGAAAGGACGAGCUCGUCGACACGUCCAAGAACUGAGAAGGUACUAAUAGGAGGGUGGGGCGCAGGAGGAAAAAGAGAAAAAUCGUCACAGGAAUCUUCACCUCCCCAACCUUUUCCACGAGCAACUGCCCACUGGUGACCCACAGACCGAAUGUGGCCACAGAUGUGUUUUGUUUAGUCCCGCUCAGGGUCCUGGUGGUUGUUUUCAAUUGGCAUUAAAUGCCACCUCAUCUUCAUGAAAAUCCAGACUUGAGGCCUUUCUCAACAACUCCAAAGGUCGGGCCCGACAGCGGGUCCAUAUUCUCACACGGCCCUUUGGUAAGCCAGGCACCUUCGGGUCCCCCACGGCCCUCACCUGGUCUAAGUCGCUCUUAUUUUAUUAUUAUUAGCCUGGCCCCCUGAGGCUUGGAGUCUGCAACCCUGACUUACCUAAAGGCUACUAUCUAGGAGAACAUUCAGGCCUCCAGGGAGAGCUCCCCUCUUGGCAGAAACCUACUCCCAAAGAGACACUCCCUUCCAGAGCCUCACCCGCGUAGUCAACUCUGCUAUUAGGCCCCCAGAUGCCUGUCCUCCUGGACUCGUCGACCUCACAACCAAAUGCGCAAGUUCCCCACCUUGGUGCACCCCUGCCUCCACACCCUCCACGCCAACUGCCAUCCGCAGCUACUGGCUUCUCUGCGUCAGGGAUUUCCAAAAAGCGCUUUCUUUCCUUUUAGCAGGACUAGAAAAGACCACACUUCCUGCCUCCUGCUGGGAAGAACACCCCGGUUAUCUUGCGGGGGAGGGGGCUCAGCACCCUCCCAUUCUAGGCCCCUGCGGCUUGCGUGGGGCUGACUCCAUUGCCAUGUCCAGGCAAAGGCCACUGACCCCAUCAGAUACCUUGAGUCAAUCCUGGGGCUCUGGCCACAGUGAAAGGUAUUCUUUGUCCCCCUGGGACUUGAACUGAAGAUGUUGGAAGCCGGGGGGAGGGGGGGGGGCGAUUCCUGCUUAUCCACACAGCUUCCCUAAAGAGUGGAACCCCUGGAGCCAGCCCUGGCUGCGACUAUGUUGCUUUUGGACUCUUUUCCUCACAUAGGAGCCAAUCAAAUUCGCAGCUUGGCUUAUAACAAUUCCAGUUGGUUUGGUUUUGUGUGUUUUUUUUCUUUUUUCAUCAUUGAGACAGAGAGCGGGGAAGGGGCAGAGGCAGAGAAGAUCCCAAGCAGGCUCCCCACCAUUGGCACAGAGCUUGACGCGGGCGGGGCUUGAUCCCAGGAAGUGUGAGAUCAUGACCUGAGCUGAAAUCAAGAGCCGGAUCCUCAGCCAACCGAGCCACCCAGGCGCCCCUCGAGUUGGGUUGACUGACAAUCAAAAGAGACCUACGCGACACCUGGGUGGCUCACUGGGUCAAGUGUCUGACUUUGUCCGGUCAUGAUCUCUCGGUUCGUGGGUUUGAGGCCCGCGUCAGGCUCUGUGCUGACAGCUCGGAGCCUGGAGCCUGCUUCGGAUUCUGUGUUUCCCUCUCUCUCUGCCUCUCCCCCGCUCGUGUUCUGUCUACCCUUUCUCUCAAAAAUAAAUAUUUACAAAAAUAUUUUUUUUAAUAAAAAAAAAAGGGACCUACUCAAUACAACAGAAGUUUGAAAGAAGUGUUGAAAGAUAGAGGGGAAAGGCUCUGGUCAAAUUUUCCCGUUUUUUUUGUUUGUUUGUUUUGUUGUGUUGUGUUACCUCUCUCCUUCAAGAGUAGAGUUUCACUUAGUGUGUCAGCCAUCCCUCUGUAAGGACUUACCUCGUGGUACAUAAUCAUUUUUGCUUGCCUAACUCUUCCAGAAGUCUGUGGAGCCCCUUCAGGGCGGAAGCCGCGUUUGUAUUCACUUGGAUUCUUUUCUACUUUCCACAAUGGCACGUAAUUUGGGCUCAAUAAGGGUCUCUUGCACGGAUGAAUCAGCCAUCCUAAUUCUCUUCUUUGGGACACCCCACUCAAGAGACCACUGCAUCAUCCUCGCGCCUGUGAUACACAAACCAUCUUCCGAAACAGACUCACGCACCCAUUGUCCACAAACUGCAUCAUGAGAACUCAACUUCUUCUAGCCGUUACGAAUUCUCCCACACGUCCAUCCCACAGAACCUCACUGUGGGGUGACUCACGAGGUCCUCAUUGUUGGGAAGAGAAUACUUCCUCGCCAGACACCACUCAGAACUCUAUGCAUCCGUCACAGACACAAUGGGCGAGCCACUCACACACAGAAUAUCACUCCUGGCUGCGGCGGGGGGCGGGGGAGAGGUAACUUCUCUGCUUUCUAGCUUUCCUCUUGACCCAAAUACCCCCCAAAUCCCAAUCCUGAUGCCUACGCCAAUAACACACAAUUACAAUUCUAGGCUCUCUCUGGCCUCCGUUUUUCUCCCUAGUCCUUCGUCAUUCUUGACGUGGAAAAAAUACAAACUUGUCGAGGGAAUCAACCGCAGUAAAGCCAAAGCUUCCCCAGGAAACAGUUUUGGCUCUGGGAGCAGAAAUUGCCACACCCCUAACAGCUCUGUAACAGCUGCUGCUUCCCCUGGCAUCUAGCAAUAAAGACUUUCAAACAGAGUCAAAGGUCAGGGCCAGAAUUACCAUCCUAGCACGAAUCACCACUCUAUCCAGCUUUCAUGUUCCCAUUCUUGGGCUCACAGCGCCGGAUCGAGCUGGUAAGAACUAGAUGUGUGCUAGAUCGACAAAUGUUUAUGGAGAAUCGACCCUAGCACAGGAGCCGCAGCAGAGCCGGCCAAGGAAACGGGAAGAUGGCAAGGACUCUCGAGGCGUUCAGUCUAAUGGAGAACACGAACAAGUAAACAGGCGUCGCAUUAGAGCAAAGCGGGUGCCAUGCGGACGUAUGUAAGUGGCCAGGAGAGGGACUCCCAAUCCACGUUGGAGCAUCAGAGAAGGUCUUUUAGAGGCAGUGACCUUUGCCUGGACACCUAGAGAAUGAGCAGGAGGCAGGUAUAGGGCAGCUGAGGCGAAAGGAGCUCUGCAGACUUCCAGGCAGAGGCUAACGGGGAAGAAGGUUCGGCGGCCUCUGGCAACCGAAAGGAGGCACAUACGGCUGUAAUUCGCAAGUGUGAAGAGAGAAGCUGCUACAGAGGAAGCCGGAGCCAAAGAGACCCUGAGUGGCGUGACAGCUUGAAAAGUCUGAGAACUUUGUGCAAAAAGAGCACACGCCCCUUUCCUCGUGAGAUGUACAAACUGGCCAGAACGACAAUGUGACAGAUGGGUCUUGAUAGUCACUAAAUACUGAUUUCACAAUGCAUGUUACUGAGAAUGCUGGGGGGGUGGGGGUGGGGGGAGAGAAAACUGCUAAGGAGUUAUCUUGUAACUCAUUCACCAAUGCCUGCUUGAAGCUUUGGGCCCCACGACUAUUCCGUCUGCCUUCCCCUUGGCACUCGUUAUUUCUAUCAUUUUCCUACAAAUGACAGAAAAGUAGGCACUGCUAGGCUGUAGGGACAGGGAUCCACUCUGGAAACAGGAUAAGCACACACGAAGAUAACAGGGUGGGGGUAGCAACGAAAUUGAACAAAACUAAGCAAAAAAGUUAGGUGGGGAAACGAAACUGUAAAAAGCAAAUAUAGAAAGUUCAAGGGGAAGUAAAAGCGUUUUCAGACACACACAGAAAAGAAGUGUCCCCACGUGCUCUGGCCAAACCAAACUCCCCCUUUUACUCAACUGUUGAAAACAAAGAAGAAGAAAAAGCAAUGAAAAAGUCACACUUUCAUACCCCUUCUCAGAAUAAACAGUCAGCAGGGACAGGACAGCUCACUGCCCUGAAAGACCUUGAAAGAUUUACCCCAGAUAACACAGCACAGGAUAGUCAACCUCCAGAGGCUCUCAAAACCACUACAAACUCCGGUCUCUUCUGUCAUUUCAUCAUCGAUCGUUUCCUGUCAAGCAUUAAAGCGAUACCAGAGAAACCUGGAGAAGGAUUUGCUCCCCAAUCAAAGGUCAAGAACUUGAGCAGUCCGUCCACAGGGGCCACGGUUGGGAGACGGCACACCCUCCAAAGUCCCUCCAAGGGAGUCCUGAGUCUCCCUAAACGGCUCCGAUGGGCUCUGAUCGCCCCUUGCUUAUUUACUGCCAUCAGGCACUUGGAGGUGGACGGUCGGUCGGCAGAGGCCAGGCGACCCGGAAAGGCUGAGAAUGCCGCCCCCCAGAGCACCGCGCCCGCCCGUCCUCGGGCACACCAGUUAGCCGAGUUUUCGCCCAUGGCAAAGCCCCGGGAGAGGGGGAGAGGCCCGGGGAAAGCUUGGGUCCAGACCCCAGAGGACGAUGCUCAGCGGGGCCGGGACAAUGGGCGGCGGGGACCCGCGCGGGGGGCGUCCCGGGAGGCCGGCCCGCCCCGCUGUUCCCGGGAGCUCGGGCGGCGGCCCGAGCUGGGAGCCAGGCCGCGGCGUGGCGCAGCCCUCGUCCCUGGCCCGCAGCGGACCCGGCGCGGAGCGGGCGGGCGGCCGGGCCGGAGCGCGGGGCCCCGCGGGGCAGCCAGCCCGUCCCGGCCCGGGGCCACGACCCCGACCCUCGGUCCCCGGCCCGCGCGCUCCCGGCCUGCCCGGCGCGGCUCACUCACCUGCCCACGGUCUGGUUGGCCAGCUGCUUCAUGCGGUUGAACUGCUUCUUCAUGGCGGCGACAGCGACGGCCUGCGGGGCUCCGGCCGGGCAGCUCGGGGGACGGCCUGGCGUGGCUACAUCGCUUCCCCCCCGAGGAGGAGGCGGCGGCGGCGGCGGCGGCGGCGGCGGCAGCGUCGGCGGCUGUGGGCCGGAGCUCCGCCCUCGACGCGUCACUUCCAGCGGCGCCGCCCGCUGGAGGCGCGCGGCCGGGCUGGCAGACGAGCGCCAGGCUCGGGCGCGGCGCGCGGCCUGGCCCCCAAGGACCAGCCCCCUCUCCCCUCCCCACGCCGCCCCGCUGAGCGUGCGGAACCCCGCGUCCCAGCGCCCCCGCGUUCUUGACUCCCGGGCCGGCUAGGCCGCGCACCGGUGGGAGGGGGCGGCAGGCGCCAGCGGCGUGACCCCGCGGUCUUGGCGGCAGGGAACAGCCACACCCGGGCGUGGGACGCGCUGUCCCCGCAGGGCUGGCCCGGGGCGUUACGGGCAGGGGUGGGGACGGGCGGGGGGGGGGGAGGGGGGAGGAAGACAGGAGGGGGUUUGGGUACGCGAUAGCCUCCGGAUGCCCACCUUAGGGUGUGCCCAGGUGCGGCUCUAGACAUUUCUCUACGCUCCUAGGUGGAUGGGUGCGUGUCACUGUGUAUGUUUUAUGUCAAUUAAAAGAAAUCAUUGCGUGGAAACCACAAACUACAGAGCCCUGUGUACUGUGAUCUGACUUCGCGGGAAAGUCGAGGGCGAGGCUCAUUUUCUGACCAAAGGUGCUCACACGCAAUGGGGACCGCCAGGGAUGGCCCCCGGGGCAUUGGGGGGAGGGUAAGGGGUGGGAGGUCGUGGGCAUGGGUGACACGGACCCUAGCAGCCCCGUGUGCGGUGUGGCGUUGCCUAGAAACGCCUGAUUGUGUUUUGAUUAUUAGCCUGGCGCAGGCCUUCCUUCGGAGACACUUAGCGGGAUUGACCGACUGCACUGGACGCUUUUUGCAGAGUGGACCAGGUCAGUUCCGUGACCCACAGCGAUAUCCUUUUCAUUUGGUGGCCUGGGCCAUUCCCUAGAGCAAGUGGGUGGCAGUGUGGCUUCCUUCACUGACCACAUCUCGGAGGUCAUCAAAGAUGUGCGGAUGGAGGGAACCAAAAAGGUGGGAGAAGGACCUGACUCUGACAAAAAGAGAAUGAAGUGAGUCGGGAAACCUUAAGAUCGGAGAAUCAGAGACUUAAAAGUCUUUGUAGUCAUCUGGAAGAGAAGUAUGAAGCCUCAGAGCUUCAAAUAAAGCGGCAGACUCUUAGCUACCGACAUCAGCUACAACAGAAAGAGGUAGAAAUGAAACUUCUUAAAGUGAGACACAUAGGGCUCAAGAACCAGUUGCUGGAGCUCCAAUCAGCCCUUCAAUCAACCACAGCGUCACCUUCCUUGGGUUACGGUAUCGACUGCUUUGCUUCAGCUUCCCGGGGGAUGACCUGGACUUUGCUGACCUAAUUUGGUCACAACAAGAAAUAAACAGACUGUCAAAUGAAGUUUUAAGACUGGAGGCUGAAGUUAGCCAUUGGAAGCAUUUUUCCCAGUCUUCACACCGGGAGCGAAUAGCGGCGAGCAAAAUGAAAUCUACAAACUGCAGGUUACCAUCAGGAAACUUGAACAGAAUCGAAAGGAGGCAAUUGAUGACCAUCAACUUGAAAAGGCAGUACUGCAGAAUGUCUAUCAACAGACACUGGCAGAAAUACGUCGCAGGUACCAUCAAAAGUCAAAAGGCUAUG